GAAGGCUUCUGGGAAAGUGGGUCCGCGAGCUUCCCUAGCUGGGUGGGUGCUGCCGUCGACCCGGCGUCACCGCAGAUCCAAGGUCGCCGAGUGAUGAGGUGAAGCCGCCCGCCAGUCCCCUGCCACGCCCGGACUGUGUGGUAGCUGCGGCGGCGGCAGCUUCGGCUGCAGCUCUCAGGCUGUGGCAGCAUUAGGGGCUUCUUCCUCCUCAGCGAGUGUGAGUGGAGGAGCGAGGACGCCGGGCCAUUGCCGCCAUGACUGUCCAGGGGCUGACAACCACAUGAGCACUGACAGCCGCAGAUGUCACUUGACUCACCACGGAAAUCCUGUCCUAAAGGGAGCGUACACAUGACCGCGUCCAUUUCUUUCCCGAAUGGCUUGAUGGAUUUCCUUUACCCCAGUGCGUACCAAAGCGACCCCUUUCGACCACAGCGAGAGAGGAUUCUGCAUGAGUCACUCCCAGGAUGCCAUUUUCACAUCGCCAACAGGUGAAGAGAACCCCAUGAAUAGCAACCACAGAGACUCGGAGAGCAUCACUGAUGUCUGCUCCAGCGAGGAUCUCCCUGAAGUCGAGCUGGUGAACCUGCUGGAAGAGCAGCUGCCGCAGUAUAAGCUCAGGGUCGACUCCCUCUUUCUCUACGAGAACCAAGACUGGGUGCAGUCUUCACACCAGCACCAGCCUCAGGAUGCGCCGGAGACCCUGUCUCCCGUCCUUGCCGAGGAGACGUUCCGCUACAUGAUUCUAGGCACAGACAGAGUGGAGCAGAUGACCAAAACCUACAAUGACAUCGACAUGGUCACACAUCUCCUGGCGGAGAGGGAUCGAGAUCUAGAGCUAGCUGCUCGGAUUGGACAAGCUCUCCUAAAGAGGAACCAUGUCUUAUCUGAGCAGAAUGAAGCCCUGGAGGAGCAGCUGGGACAAGCCUUUGAUCAAGUUAACCAGCUGCAGCAUGAGCUGUCCAAGAAGGACGAACUGCUUCGGAUCGUUUCCAUUGCUUCUGAGGAGAGUGAGACCGACUCCAGCUGCUCCACGCCUCUUCGGUUCAACGAGUCCUUCAGCUUAUCGCAAGGUUUGCUGCAACUGGACAUGCUGCAGGAAAAGCUCAGGGAACUGGAGGAAGAGAACAUGGCCCUUCGAUCCAAGGCUUGCCACAUCAAGACAGAAACCUUCACCUAUGAAGAGAAGGAGCAGCAGCUGGUCAACGACUGCGUUAAAGAAUUACGUGAAACCAACGCGCAGAUGUCGAGAAUGACGGAAGAACUGUCGGGCAAGAGUGAUGAGCUGCUCCGAUACCAGGAGGAGAUCUCGUCCCUGCUGUCUCAGAUCGUGGAUCUGCAGCACAAGCUUAAAGAGCAUGUCAUCGAGAAGGAAGAGCUCAGACUUCACCUGCAGGCUUCCAAGGAUGCCCAGCGACAGCUGACGAUGGAGCUUCAUGACUUACAGGACAGAAACAUGGAGUGCCUGGGGAUGUUACACGAGUCCCAAGAAGAAAUAAAAGAGCUUCGCAGCAAGUGUGGCCCGGCCGCUCACCUCGGCUUCUCGCAGGCUUACGGAGUUUUCACGGGGGAAUCGUUGGCAGCUGAGAUUGAAGGGACCAUGCGUAAAAAGCUGAGUUUGGAUGAGGAGUCUGUGUUUAAACAAAAGGUCCAGCAGAAGCGGGUGUUCGACACUGUCAAGGUUGCCAAUGACACUCGGAGCCGCUCCGUCCCCUUCCCAGCCCUGCUUCCCAUCCCAGGCUCCAACCGCUCAAGUGUCAUCAUGACAGCAAAGCCCUUUGAGUCUGGCGUCCAGCAGACAGAGGACAAAGCACUCCUGAGCCAAGGGAGCAGCAUGGAGACUCCAGGGAACUCGCAGCCCACCAGCCACCCAGGACCCACUGAGGACAGCGAUUUGGCUACGGCACUGCAUCGCCUUAGCCUGCGAAGACAGAACUACUUAAGUGAGAAGCAGUUCUUCGCCCAAGAGUGGGAGAGGAAGAUCCAGGUUCUGGCCGAGAAGGAAGAAGUCAGUAACUGCGACGCCCCCACAGGGACCCUCGACUCAUUCUGCGCUGAUCAGUCGGAGACCACAGACCUUGGCAGUGCCAGCUGCCUUCGAGGCUUCAUGCCAGAAAAAUUGCAAAUCGUCAAGCCUUUAGAAGGAUCGCAGACUCUCCAUCACUGGCAGCAGCUCGCUCAACCAAACUUGGGAACCAUCCUUGACCCACGACCAGGGGUCAUUACCAAAGGCUUCACCCAGAUGCCCGAGGAGGUUAUCUACCACCUCUCAGAUUUAGAGGAGGAUGAGGAGGAGGGGAUCACUUUCCAGGUCCAGCAGCCGCUUCAUGUGGAGCAGAAACCUGCAGCUCCCACGCCAGUAACAGGGAUCUUCCUGCCACCCAUCACCUCAGCAGGUGGACCCGUUACAGUCUCUGUUUCAGUUGCAACUGCGAACCCAGGGAAGUGUCUGUCAUGCACAAACUCCACAUUCACCUUCACCACCUGUAGGAUCCUACAUCCCUCUGACAUCACCCAGGUCACCCCUAGCUCCAGGUUCCCGUCACUGUCCUGUGGAGGUGGUGGGAGCAGCUCCUCCAGCCCGGCUGUGAACUCCCCUGCCAUGUCCUACCGGCUCAGCACUGGUGAAUCCAUCACCAACCGGCGUGACUCCACCAUAACACUCAGUAGCACGCGGAGCCUAGCCAAGCUCCUGCAGGAGCGAGGCAUCUCUGCGAAGGUGUACCACAGCCCGGCUUCAGAAAUCCCGCUUCUGUGGCCUCGCCCCAAGGCCCUGGCCACCCCUUCCACACCACCAAACUCCCCAUCACAGUCACCGUGCUCCUCUCCCUUGCCCUUCGAACCCCGAGUCCACGUCUCCGAGAAUUUUUUGGCUUCCCGACCAGCUGAAACAUUCCUGCAGGAAAUGUAUGGCUUAAGACCUUCAAGGACCGCGCCCGAUGUUGGCCAGCUGAAGAUGAACUUGGUAGACAGGCUAAAGAGACUGGGCAUAGCCAGGGCGGUCAAGACCCCUGAUCCCCAGGAGAAUGGGAAAAGCCGAGAGGUAGAAACGGGUCUUCCAAAACCAGAGUCUGCUGUUUAUUUAAAUUCAAGUGGAAGUUUACUAGGUGGGCUGAGGAGGAAUCAGAGCCUUCCGGUCAUGAUGGGUGGCUUUGGAGCCCCAGUUUGCACAACCUCACCCAAAAUGGGAAUUUUGAAGGAAGACUGAGGCUCAGCACCGACUGACCUCACAUAUAAAUUAUUAGCACAUGAAGGACAGGGAUGCACUGAGGAUGGGAACUGGCUAAGGAGAGCAAAGGAAAGUCGAAGAAGGGCUGUGGAUGUGCGGAGGGUGUUGUGGGGGGGAUGGAGGCAUUUGGGUGAGGUCUUUGAGGAUGGAGUCAUAAACAGGAGGUAGGGACAUGAGUAGGUCGGAGACAGAAAUGACAGAAAUGGAAGGAAGGGUUAGCGUGCUUCUCCAGCUGAGUUUCCUUGCCUUGAAAAUGAAAAAUGAAUAGAAAAACAAAUCCAGCCCUAUGGAACACAGCAGUAAUACUGAACUGCUGGCCCCUCGGUCCCUAGAGAUCACAAGCAGGAAGAGCCUGCCUGGAAGGAGAGCCAGGAACAGCGCGGCUGUCCUGGCCAGCGGCUGUCCCAGAGGGUUGGUGCAGCGUUGUCUGUUACUGGGACUGCAGGCAUUUUCCCCGCUGAUACGCGGUCAAAUUGUGUACCCGUCCAAUGGUGCGCUCACAACAUUAGCAAAAUAAGCGUUCUGUCCCUUGCUUCAAAAGUGGAGACUUUCUCGUUUCAGAACACUCUCGGACAUCGAGAGCCAAACACCACCCUGAUUGCUUUGUAUUUGCGAUUACUAAAACUUCAGUUUUUUUAAACUUGUAUUUUUGUACAACAUAACAAAAAAUUUAAAAAAUAACCAUGUGAGCGGGCUUGGGAGGGAUUUAGGACGGAAAAUGGGGGUAAAUGGGGAUCAAGAAAGCUCUUCAGGACGUUUCUUCUGGAUGAUAUGGUGGCCAAGGAAUGCAGACACAAUGCAUGUUUCUCAGAUUUCCUUGGAGGCCAUAAGGCUUAGACCAGAAGUGCAAUCAAUAGUACUUAGAUUAUGUUGUAUAUUUAUAUCUGUAAAUCUUUAAGAAAAGUUAGUCGUAACUAACUUCUUCCAAAGUGUGCUAUGCAUAUUUUUAAUGAAAGAUGACAUGUAUUUGCACAAAAAUUCUCAGGCACAUUAAAUUACACACUGAAGUGAAACCCAGGCACUUGCUCGAGCGUGUUUGUCAGAUUCCGUUGUUUUUCUGGUGUCAGUGGCACCUGCAGAAGCCGAGGACCUUGUUCAUGGCUAAGACAGGCGAGGCCUGGAGUCGGGUCCCGGGAUUCAGCAGUGCGUCGCGGGCCUUGAGUUGGGAAGAAAGCUCUGCUUUCUGAGGUGGCCGGCCAUGGCUUUGUCUUGAGGGGUCCUUCAGGAAAGAAGGUCACACGUGAGGAGAAGAGGGAACUCUUUGUUCUGUCUGUGAAAGCAGGAAGUCUCUCCCUUGGUCCUCUUGGUGCUUAACUUGCAAAUGCUCUGCUUGAGAGGAAUUCUUCAUUCCCAAGGAAAGUUGCUUCCUUCUCUGUCUCGAGCCUCCUCCCCAAGAAGAGAUAAAACCCAAAUCUACAUGAUGGUAAAGGACACAUAGGCUUUCUAUAUUUCUAGAAUUUAUAAAACUUUUCUAACUAAAUUUCUCAGCCACCAAGGGUGGUCACCUUUUGCCUGGUCUAGCUGCUGUCAACAGAUCAUCACGCACACGUCCACAAAGGACUCCAGGUUAGCAGCAACCUUGCACAAACGCAUUCAAACAAGAAUUUCUUCUAGUGUUUCAGUUUCCUAAAUAGUCCAAUGCAUUUUUUAAAAAAAAAUUACUUUUCUUGUCUCUAACUGAGUGCCUCCGUCAGCAAAAUCUCCAGGCUUUGAAGAAAGGACACGUCCAUCGCUUGGACCUUCACAGCUUCUGAAGAGGAGCAGGAGGAAGGAGGGAAGCAUGGACUUGACAGGGAGGUAGCGGGUUCAUAGAUGUCACAUAAAUCACUCUAAGUUGGGCUAGCCAUUGUGAAGUUGUGUUGAGAGUUCUAUACUUCUGUAUACUCAGUGCCUGAGUGACCGCUGGAGGCAGGGUGGUGCCUUAGCACCGAGCGAGCAAGUCCGGUUAAAGAAAUCCAGAUGGGUUUUUGAAAAUUAAAUUGAUUUUUUUUUUAAUGUUCUAAUGGUGAUUUUGAAGUUUGCACCUAAAAUUAUUUUUGGUACUGAGAACUGGUUAGACCAGGCUGUCUCUAAAAUGUAGUAGGACCUGGAGCCUUCCCACAGGUUCUUCCUCCGUGGAACUAUUACGCUCGGAUACCCUGCUCGUGCUUUCAGUCUGUUUACGGUACCGGCUGGUGUGUUCUUUGAUGCGCACAUGGGGAAACCCAGCUUUCUCCUUCAGGAUUUUCUGAUUAUUUCUCAGGUACUUCUGAGUGUCCUGUCACCGAUUAGGAGAGUCUUCUUAAGCUCAGAAUUAAAAUUGCCCUGAAUUUUGGAGAUCCCCAAAUCUUAUGUAAAUAGCCUUAGGUUUAAAUCCUUAGACAUUCAUGACCAGUGUUAGUUAAGUAGCUUUUGUUUUGUUUUUCAGUCUUGUGACCGCCCUUGAUCUGACACAAAUGGUCAGAGUCUGUCGUGGGAAGAUGUUGGAGGAGGCUCCCAGGAGCCUCGCCCAUAGUGAAGGCACGCUUUACACAGUAUUCAAGCUCCUAGUCAUAAUCAGUAGUGAGAGCUUCUCACACCAGGUUGACAAGUGGAGCCAGGGCUGCCUGUGUCUGGGCCACCUCUGCUGUCAGGUGUGGCCGCAGGUAUGGCGUGGGGCUCCGGGGGCUCCAGGAAAAUAGCCUUGUGUCAUAUCUGGAACCUGACUUUGUCAAAUAGCUCUUAAUGCACCUUCCUUUGCUCUAUCAAUUGUAAAUCGGAUAAUAAACACAAGUAGCUUCUU